AUGUCGACGAGGACUGAGAGAGAGAGAUACGAUGGUGAAACGGAGAACGUAAACGAGGACUGUGAUGCUCGAGAGGAGUAUGAUGUCAAAGAGGACGUCCCAGAGGACUGUGGUGCCCGAGAGAGCUAUGAUGUUCAAGAGAAGGACGUCCAUAACGACUGUGAUGCCCUAGAGGACUAUGAUGUUCACGAGGAGCAUGAUGUUCACAAGGACUGUGAUAUCGAGAGGAGAACGUCGAUGAGAACGGUGACGUCCAAGAGAAGUGACGUCUCAGAGCACCAUGAUUUCCAAGAUAGCUGUGAUGUUCAAGAGAAGGACGUCGACAAGGACUCUGAUGUCCACGAGGACCAUGAUGUUCACAAAGACUAUGAUAUCGAGAGGAGUACGUCGACGAGAAACUGUGACUUCCAAGAGGAUUAUGACGUCCCAGAGGAUUAUGAUGUCCAAGAGCACGACGAUGUCCCAGAGGAUUAUGAUGUCCAAGAGGAGAACGUCGAUGAAGACUGCGACGUCAAUUAUGAUAUCCAAGAGCACGACGAUGUCUCAGAGCGCUACGAUGUCCAAGAGAGCCACGAUAUUGAACAGAAUGACGUCGAUAAGGACCAUGAUGUCCACGGGGACAGCGACGUCGAAGAGGACCACGAUAUCGGAGGGGACAAUAACGUAUUUGAAGCGGAGAAGAACGUCGAACGUAGAACGUCGACGACCGGGCUGACAUCUCGACACGCAUCAGCACCCGGCCACGGAAAUUGCAGCCGCAGGAAUUGCGCAGGCAUUCGAUCAUAG